AUGCAGGACGUGAAGGAGGAGAAGGAGGAGAAGGAGUAUGUUUUCAUAUUGUCAAAGAAACUCAGUGAUUCGAGUGGCUUCCAUGUGUUGCAAGAUACGGAUGCGUCUCCCCUUCCAGUCGCAUCGGCUACCUCUUCUUCAAACGGGAGUGCAACGUUUGGCGACUCGGAAGUUGAAGACGAUGACGACGCGGAAUCGGUGGAGCUUGAUCAGAUGCCUGUGGCUAUGCCUUUUCUACCAGCUCUUGAUGCUUCGACUCAGAUUACUAUUCACGAUGGCUACAGCGAUGCCAUUAUGGACGCACAACACGCGCUAGACUCGCGUCUGUUGGCGUAUUCCCAGUACCAGCAGAUGGCCCGACCAAAGCAAUCGCUAUUGACGCCAAGACGACCUACGGCAGAGCGAUUUGUCAUGACUGCCAGACCUACUGUGGUAGACCGUCCAGUGACUGUUUGCAUGGGCUGGCAACGUGUGUCAAAUAUCGACUCGAGUAGCCGUGACUGCCUGCGCGUUUUGGAGGAAGAUGGUGUGUCGUACGAGCCACAUGAUACUGCUUACAGCGUCAAGUAUCUGGCACCCGUGCUGCCAUUUGGCGACUGCCUGUUUUUAUCAAUGGAACAGCUCUUAUUGUACACUGAGGAGUGUGAACCAUUGUCGCCUGAAGGAAUUCGUCAUGUGGCUACUAAGUUUUUUCUAGCUCACUAUAAUGCAAGCACGCCUGAAGAGCAGCAGAAGAUUGACAGGGCCGUUCAGAAUCUUUACUUUCCAAGUUUGAAGGGUGGCUGGGGCGUCAGUUCAGUUCAAACACGACGGUUUGUGGCUCGUCGGAGCGAGAAGAAGAGACUACUAGACAAGUGUGCAGAGCUUCAAAAGCGUGGGUAUUCGUGGGGUAAAGCUGCAGAAGCUGUAUAUACCGAAAAUGCACAGCCGGUUGUAGAUGCUCAGUCUUACUGCGACUACAUGAUGGUGGGACGAGGAGAAAACACCCACUUUCUUAUUGGCCUGAACUAUAGCAGCCACGGAUUAAUAUCAGUUGACAAUGAUCCUGACAAUUCCCGUGUGGCAUGGGGCGAUGACUUUGUACUUGAGGCACUGGCGACUGCGUACCAGCGUGAUGUCUUUGUAGUCCUCGUUGGAUGUGGUAAGAUGUUUUUUCUUCCGCACCGACCGCGCGGCGAAGAAGGACUAAACAGGACUAAGAUUUGCCACUCCAAAGGUCACGCACCUUGGUUUCUGCUCAUGCGAUUGACUGGAAGUGACCGUGGUGGAGACCAUUACGAGCCAAUGCUUUGUGAGCGACUGCGUGGUGAUGGAUCCCCGGAAUUUGGCUCGAUCGGAGACUAA